AUGUCGGUAGAUUUCCGACGUUCCUAUAACCCGAGCCGCCGCAUGGGCAGCAGCAGGGACCUUGGUAGAGCUCGUGCAGCCUCCAGGGCCCAGCCUAUUGUUGUCGAACAUGAUGAAGCUCGCAGCUUCGCUCUUCGGUCGGCUUAUCUACACUAUCUCUUGCAGCCCAAAGCCAAGCGAAAACAAUAUGUCCCGGCUCCAAAGCAACCCGUACGAACCCAUACUAGUGUUGGCGCACUGGUGCAAGAAUUCACAUCAGGCUCUUCCUCAAGCUUCAAGCUACCUCACAACUUCACAAACGCUUUGCUCGAACGAUGCGGCGGCGUGUUGAGGGGCAGCGAACGCCUCCCAGGUUAUAACGAUGCCGCGGUCAAGCGAAGUUUUGCAGAAGCCUAUACCACUUUCUCCGAGAGGAAUUUUCGUAAAACUAUCGACAAAGAAAGGAAGCUUGAGCCUCUCAUUCUCAUGUUCUACACAUCUACCACCAAGGCAGCCCAGAAAGGUGCCGCUCCUGAUGACGAUUCUUGGAAACUCAUACCUGACCGACAUCUCGCCCUAUUUGUCCGUCUGAUUGCCACCAUUCUUCGAGAUCAGGGUCACGAUCGCGACAAGACUGAACUCAUGUCCAAGUUGAACACUCUCGAGAAGAAGCUCCUCACGAAUGAUCAGAACUUGGUCGGUGGUGGUUCAGAUGGUGCCGGUACAACUAUCGAGGUUGUCGUCCCCUUGAGUUAUGAUGUCAAAGACAUGCCUCUAGUCCAACAGGUAGUCAAAAUCUUUGGGUUGAGUCUCUCAGAAGCACAAGCCGAGAUCAACGACAACAAAGGAGUAUGGACAGAGGAGGCUGCGCUGAAAGACCUCAAGUCCUACCAGCACAGGCUCAACUCAGAUAUGCCUGGCGCCCUGAGAAGCGAUGAUUUUGACCUUGAGGAUGCUUUUCUUGAAUGGAAGAAGGCCGAAUCCCCCCACCUGUCACAAAUGAUGCUUGACAUAUUAACUGCCAAGCCGGAGCUUGCCAAAUCGUCCAACAAUAGCGUCGACAAAGGCUACUCCAGCCGACCCCAGUCGACCUACAGUGAUCCAGCCUUCGAUGCAUCCAUGGGCUUUGAUCCAUCUAUCAAUCUUGCAUCUUUAAACCUUGGUGAUACCAGUAUUCGAGCAGUCGAGGACAAUAUUUAUACAUUUGUCCCUCCAGACUCAAGGGCGUUCUUCAAGUAUAUCCUUAAGCAUGCCAUGACCUAUGAUCAGAUCAAUAGCGACCCUGACAAGGACUAUCAGCCUCUAUCGAAACAAUCUAUGGACCUUUUGACAGAGCUGUGCGUGAGAUGGAGAGUGCCUCAAUCCUCUAGACUCAUUGCUCUGCUCGAGGUCGCCUCGCGCAACUACUUGGAUCGAGAAUUACUUCCUGAAGAGUUGGAUUCUGUUUUUGACUUUAUCAAAACGCCAUUGCCAGAAGUCAAGAAACCCCCGCAUAUAACAAACUAUUGUGCACCUCUUUCUGAGAUUGAUCCUAGCCGCUGGACUGUGCAUGACUUUGCCGUAUACCAGAGCACUCUCCACACUCUUCAAGAGACACUGCUCCGUGACCUCUAUGACCGGAUGGAGCAGUGUUACGACACGAAGCCACCUCAGAUUGGUGUUGUUCAAUACAUCUUGGGCAGCCACAUCUUCAACGACCCAUGCUUCUCUCCUAAACCAGAGGCUACUGAAGAAUUCGCGGAACACCUCAGCCAUCGUCUUCAUGACCAGGCUAAGGAGACCUACCGCCAGUAUAUGGAGAAGGAAAUAUCAGCGGACCGAAAUGACUGGCAUUUUGGUAACGUAGUCAAGCUGGGCAAAACAGUCAUCAAGCUUUGCGAAAGGAUCAACAAGCGUUACAGCAAGAAUCCUGAAAUCAUGAGUGUGAACCCCUUUCAGAUUUUAGUGGAAGAGGUAUUCCCACGAUUCGAAGAGGAUGCAAACGCCAUCAUCGAGUCCAUUCUUGAAAUGGCCCAGGAGACUGGUACCGAACUCGAUAUACAAGAUGGCUUCGACUUGUACAGAGAACUGGUUGCGAUUCGUCGAAUCCAUAACGAUUCCUUACCUGACCGGCCCUUCUCCUUCAACGUCGAGAAUCUUUUGGUCGAUUUCGUGUGGCGAUGGGUUCGUGCUGCCGAAAACAGAGUCGAGGAUUAUGUCGAGCAAGCCGUCAAGCAGGACCAGUUCCAAGUACGCACUGAAAACCCAGAAGACAUCCCACGAGACUCAGAGAGGCACAGUGUCUCCAUUAUUGACAUGUUCAUGCUUUUCAACCAAACUCUCGACACUAUCUUCAAUCUCAACUGGGGUAACGAUGAGCACCAUGCUAGAUUCAUGACAUCGCUUUCCAAGGCAUUUGCUGCAGGCAUUGGUAAAUACUGCGAACUUGUUGAUCAAAGGUUUGGAAAGGAGAUGGACCGUCCCUCAGCCGAGGAGUUAGCAGCACAGAACCAGACCACUCAGGAGAAAUGGAUGAGAUAUGCAAAGGAUGCCUGGAACAACAGGGAUCGUGUUGAGCCGUUCCAGUUUUAUUCUGAGUCUUUUGUCAAACUCAAUAACAUCGAAUAUGCUAUGCAGGAACUUGACAAGUUAGAACGGGCUAUGGACCCCGAUGCUUGUGCUGCGCUUCUGGAUAAGCUUGAUGGGCCUAAAAAGAAGUCCCGCCGACCAAACAAAUACACAUUCACGGUCAAAGUAGUCGAGGCCGAAGAUCUUAAGGCGUGCGACACCAAUGGCUACAGCGAUCCGUAUGUGGUUUUUGGUGACGAAUAUCAAAAGCGAUUACACAAGACGAGGAUCAUACAGAGGAGUCUCAAUCCACGUUGGGAUGAAACCUUUGACGUCACGGUUCAAGGUCCUGUCAACAUGAUUGCAACUAUAUGGGACUAUGAUACCUUCGGUGACCACGACUAUGUCGGACGAACAUCUCUCAAACUCGAUCCCGUCCAUUUCAGUGAUUAUUUGCCUCGAGAGUUCUGGCUUGACUUGGACUCACAGGGCCGACUACUCAUAAGAGUCAGCAUGGAGGGCGAGAGAGACGACAUUCAGUUUCAUUUUGGAAAGGCCUUCCGACAUCUAAAACGCACCGAGAGAGACAUGGUCAGAAAGGUCACGGAUAAGCUCACUUCCCAGAUUAACCACACCCUGUCCCUAGAGACGCUCCGGCACUUGCUGGGUACCGGCGGCUUGGGCGCCUCUGUCACAAAUCUUUGGAAGAAACGCGCUUCGGUCGUGCCCACUACAACUCCGGCUCAAGUGGAGGCUGCUUUAGCACCGCUGUUUGCCUACUUCGACGAGAACUUUGCAAUUAUGAAGCAGACACUGACCAAGGCUACGAUGGAUGCCGUCAUGGCACGGCUAUGGAAGGAGGUCUUGAUGGUCAUUGAGAACCUGUUAGUACCGCCUUUGUCGGAGAAGCCCUCUCAACAGCGACCUCUUACACGGAAAGAGCUUGACAUUGUUUACCAUUGGUUGGACCUGCUCUUCCAAUUUUUCAAUGCCAGAGACGAGUCCGGAGAGCAGCUAGGUGUUCCAGCCGAAACGCUCAAGUCGCCUAAGUGGCACGAGCUUGCCUCGCUGAACUUCUUCUACUUUGAGGAUACUAACAGUUUGAUUCGCGAGUCGGAAAGAAUGGCAGCCGCGACAACAGAGCGGGCACGUCUGGCUCUUCAGCAGCAGAACUCGCAGAGUAACCGUCUGUCGGCUCCAGCUGCUCUCGGAGCAUCACUGGGUGGAGCAGGGUCCUUUGCAAGCAUGGGUACCAUCAGACGCGGCAAGAGUAUAAUGAUGAGCCGCAACCUAGGCACUAUGCGUAAGGCCAAGGAGGCGAAACGGCGCGAGGCGCAAGCGGAUCCAAGCGAUGAUAUGAUUUUGCGUAUCCUCCGCAUGCGACCAGAGGCAGCACCAUACCUCAGAGACAGGCAUCGCCAGAAAGAGAGGCAAGCUGCAACCGCUGCAGCAGCACUUAUUGUCAAAAACAGUGUGACCCAGGGCUGGAACUCUUCAGCAGGACCUGCUUUUGGUGGUAAUUUUGGACGGAAUAACUUGCCCAGGCGAUAA